CUGCACUGGUAGGAGGGUGGCCGUCGAGGGACCGGAGCCCAAGCCCGAGAGAGACCGAUACCCGGGAAAGCAGGGAACGCACUGAGCAAGGGGCUGCAAGCAUGUUCUCUCGAAACCAUCGGAGCCGGGUCACAGUGGCCAGGGGCUCCGCCCUGGAGAUGGAGUUCAAACGCGGCCGCUUCCGACUUAGUGUCUUCAGCGACCCGCCGGAGGACACAGAGCUACAGAGGAAGCUAGAUCAUGAGAUCCGGAUGAGGGAAGGGGCCUGCAAGCUAUUGGCAGCCUGCUCCCAGCGAGAGCAGGCUCUGGAGGCCACCAAGAGCCUGCUGGUGUGCAACAGCCGAAUUCUCAGCUACAUGGGCGAACUGCAGAGGCGCAAGGAGGCCCAGGUGCUGGGGAAGACAGGCCGGAGACCUUCUGACAGUGUGCCGCCCCCUGAGCGUACCCCUUGCCGUGGCCGGGUCUGCAUUUCUGACCUGCGGAUCCCACUCAUGUGGAAGGACACAGAGUAUUUCAAGAACAAAGGCGACCUGCACCGCUGGGCUGUGUUCCUGCUGCUGCAGCUCGGGGAACAGAUCCAGGACACUGAGAUGGUCCUGGUGGACAGGACUCUCACAGACGUCUCUUUUCAGAACAAUGUGCUCUUUGCAGAGGCAGGGCCAGACUUUGAACUGCGGCUGGAGCUGUAUGGAGCCUGUGUGGAAGAGGAGGGGGCCCUGGCUGGUGCCCCCAAGAGGCUUGCCACCAAACUCAGCAGCUCCCUGGGCCGUUCCUCAGGGAAGCGUGUCAGGGCAUCGCUGGACAGUGCUGGGAGCUCUGGGAACAGUCCCAUUCUGCUGCCUACCCCGACUGUAGGAGGUCCUCGUUUCCACCUCUUGGCCCACACCACCCUCACCCUGGCAGCAGUACAAGAUGGGUUCCGUACACACGACCUCACCCUCGCCAGUCAUGAGGAGAACCCUGCGUGGUUGCCCCUUUAUGGUAGCGUGUGCUGCCGCCUGGCAGCUCAGCCGCUCUGCAUGACUCAGCCCACUGCAAGUGGUACCCUCAGGGUGCAGCAAGCUGGGGAGCUACAGAAUGGGACGCUCGUGCACGGAGUCCUGAAAGGCACAAACCUCUUUUGUUACUGGAGGUCUGAGGAUGCAGACACCGGGCAGGAACCACUGUUUACUAUCUCCAUCAACAAGGAGACGAGGGUCCGGGCAGGGGAGCUGGAGCAGGCCUCAGAAUGGCCUUUCACUCUCGGCAUCAGCAACCAGUAUGGAGACGAUGCGGUGACCAACACCCUCCAGGUGGAGAGCAGAGAGGCCCUGCAGAGCUGGAUGGAGGCGCUGUGGCAGCUCUUCUUAGACAUGAGCCAGUGGAAGCACUGCUGUGAUGAAGUCAUGAAAAUCGAAACCCCGGCACCCCGGAAACCCCCCCAAGCACUGGCCAAGCAGGGGUCCUUAUACCACGAGAUGGUCCUGUCAGAGCCUGUGGCCUCAGGGGGGCCCAGUGAGGGGCUGCUCCUGCAGAAUAAUGCCAUCUCAGCUGAGAUUCGGGCCUUGCUUUCUUCCUAUUACAGUGACAGGUGACAGUCAGGGCUGAGCAGGCCAGGGCUGGAGCUCUGACUAGCCCCUUCCCCUCCCCUCCCCUCCCCCCGGUGCCACAGCUAUUGAGCCGCCAGAUGACCUCGCAGCUGUGACAGACAUCCUGGCCCAGCGGGAGGGCACCAGGCUGGAGACACCCCCACCCUGGCUAGCAAUGUUUACAGACCAGCCCGCCUUGCCUAGCUCCUGCUCGCCUGCCUCAGUGGCCCCAGUCCCAACCUGGACGCAACCCCUGCCUUGGGGGCGACCCCGAACCUUUUCCCUGGAUGCUGCCCCCCCAGACCACUCCCUUGGGGCUUCUCGCUCGGUUGCACCCCUCCCCCGGCAGCGCUCCCCACAGUCCAGAGGCUUCUACAGCAAAAGUCAGCUCAGCGCGUGGCUCCAGUCCCCGGUGUGAGAGAGACACCAGCAACAGGAUCUGACCAAGAAAGGAAAUGACCCAAGAGCAACUGGGCUCUAGGGCCAGCACUCUGGGGCACCAGGCUCUUCUUCCUCUACUGGACUAGAAAGGAAGGCCGGGGAGGGGUAACAGAAGCCCCUCUUAAGUUGUGGUUACCAUGGUACUGAGGGGACCGGUUCUGGAGCUGGUUGGGAUGCCCUAAGCUCUUCCUGGGAGAAAACUGGAACAACCCUGCCCUACCUCCCCACACUAACUAGUCUCCAGGGCCUCACUAGGGAGUGGGGAGGAAGGCACCUCCCUUGUGACUCCUACAUCGACCAUUAAAGUUAUUUAACAGCUA